UGAAAGGGACAUGUCGUUUUUAAGCACUUAAUGUUAUGUUGCAUGUGAUUUGUACAUUUAUUUUUCUUUAUACUGUAAGUGGAAUUAAAAAAAAAGCUUUAAGGGCUCUGAUAAAUAAGCAUAAUGAAAGACAUUUGCUUAAUGUGCCUAAUAUUGAAUAGUUGUAUCUAUCUCUUGUGUGGCUGUUAUGCUACUCAGGUUAUUUUUGCUUUUCUUUUCUUUUUUUUAACAAAAUCAUCAUCAGUCCGCACGGUGGCUUAGUGGUUAGCACAUUCGCCUCACACCUAUUAAGUACAAAGUACAUUAAGUACAGUAUAUACUGUAUGUGUACAGUGUAGAUGCUUUUUGACUCCAAGCAAGCCGACUCGAUGAGAUUUUUCGCUCCAUAAUUCUGCUUGUAACCGAGUAUCAUUUCGACGCCAUUUUAAUUUUCCUUAACAUGCGUGAAAUGAACCUGUACUGCAAUAUACACUGCAUUAUCCUCCGAAUACACUGCGCGGCGCUAGAACAUCGGCAUAACAACUCUUCCAACCACGGCAACAGGAAGUGACGUCACCGAUACCAAUGGCCGCUUGUCUGUUGCUAUGUAUGAGCCAGUACGGAAAAGCCUUUGUUUAGUUUUGUGUAUCAUAAUCGUCGUGUAGCUCUUUUAUUAAUCUCCCGACACCGACAGCAGUAUUCUGAACAAAAAAACAGUAUUUCCACUUCGUAGAAUUAUUUCCUCGAAAAAGAACCAAAAAAAACUUCUCAGUUUAUCAAGCUCCUUCCGGAACGUGACAUGUAUUUGUAAAGCUCACUCCGUCCAAAGAGGCCUCAUGGAACCGAGUAACGAUGUGGCGCUGGACAUUAUCAUCACAAACGUGGUUUCUGUCUUCAGGACCAGGUGUCAUUUAAACCUGCGCACUAUCGGCCUGGAGGGGAAUAACGUCAUCUACAGACCGGAAAAAGUACUUAUGAAGCUCCGCAAACCUCGCAUCACUGCCUCCAUAUGGUCAUCAGGGAAAAUCAUUUGCACUGGAGCAACAAGUGAGGACGAGGCUAAAGUGGGUGCCAGGAGGUUAGCCCGCUGCCUCCAGAAGAUAGGAUUCAAGGUCAGGUUUUCAGAUUUUAAGGUCGUAAACGUCCUGGCAGUGUGCUCCAUGCCUUUUCAGAUCCGCCUCAUCGAGUUCACCAAGAACAACCGUCCCAUAGCCAGCUACGAGCCCGAGCUUCACCCAGCUGCUUCGUACAGAAUUAAAACCCUUAGAGCAACAGUGCAGGUGUUCUCCACAGGCAGCGUCACAGUUACAGGACCAAAUGUUCAGAGUGUUGCCUCAGCUGUGGAACAGAUAUAUCCUCUAUUGUUCGAGUGUCAGAAAAAACUGGCGUAAAACGCACACACACAUACACACACACACACACAGAGUCUGGAAAAACUGAAGAAGCACCUUAUAAGUGAAUGUGUUUUAAGACUUUAAACUGUUGGCCUCAUCGUCGUGUAGUAACUGAACAUUUUAAUCAAGCAUUAUUUUAGUGCAUGGACACCAAAGUCAGUGAAAAGGCUGUUUUUUUGUUUUUUUUUAAACGUUGGAGUUUUACAGAAAACUGAAGCUGGCUUUAGUAGCGCGACACAGAGGACGGACGUUAAACGAGAGCAGCCGCACUAAACAGGAUGUGAUGUAAUAUUUACCUGCAGCAUUCUGUUGAACAAGAACACUCUGGUUUAUGAGGCCGUGUGCAGGUUACGUGUUUAUGUAAUAUGUUCCCAUUUUGUAUUUUAUAAUAAAGACUGAAUAAAAUAAUCGUCCUGCUGCA